UUUAGCUCUGAAUCUACUUUCACUUUGGAGUCAUUCCAUCCCAAACCCAGAGAGUAUCUCUCAUUCAUUUGUCAGUCACCACCCGUAUCACCCGUUCCCGUUUGGUUCAUUCGCUUCACUCUUUCAUUUCUGUCGAUCUCGACGUCUCCGGGAAGAGACCGACGCUUUUCGUCGACGUCGACGACCAGUUCGGUGCAGUCGGGACGGCCCGCUUGGGUGGAGAAGGAGUUGGCCGGACGUAUACGAGUGCCUCACACUUUCAAUGUUCAUUCAUACAAACUGCCGACAGUCUGCCAACACUGCAAGAAGCUGUUGAAGGGACUGUUCAGACAGGGCUUGCAAUGCAAAGACUGCAAAUUCAAUGUCCACAAGAAGUGUGUCAAUAAGAUCCCGCAGGACUGCACCGGAGAGGCGCCCAACGAAUACGGAGAGAAUCCCGACGACGACAGCCUCGAGAAGGACGACGACAAGAAUGAGUCGGAUCUCGAGAAUGAGAGCUCUUAUGAGAAGGGGAACGGCUCUCAAGAAGAGGAACUCCAGACCAAACUACAGGCCGUCACAGAGACGAGUAGUAAUAACAUCCCAUUAAUGAGAAUCGUUCAGAGCGUCAAACAUGUCAAGAGAAGGGGAUCCAAAGUAUUAAAGGAGGGAUGGCGCAAAAAGCAUUACUGGAGACUCGACACGAAAGCCAUAACUAUGUUUCAAAACGAAGGCACCUCUAAAUACUAUAAAGAGCUACCGUUGCCUGAAAUAUCGCUUAUCAAUUGGAAUCGAUUGCAGUCUCAGACCCCCAAUAAUGUCCCCCAAUAUUGCUUUGAACUCAAGACCCAAAAUGUUACGUAUUUUGUCGGCGAAGAAGUGGAGAUCGCCAAGACUUGGGAGUCGGCCAUCAGACAGGCCUUAAUGCCGAUGACUCCCAACGCACACGACAUCCGAUACGACAGUCAGAACCUAUCGGGACAGGCGUCCGAUCAGAACACGUCAAUGGAUAUCAGUUAUCAGUACCAGAUAUUUCCCGAUGAGGUGUUAGGUUCGGGACAGUUUGGUAUAGUCUAUGGCGGAGUUCAUAAGACUUCCGGUCGAUCCGUAGCCAUCAAAGUGAUAGACAAACUCAGGUUUCCGACCAAACAAGAGGCGCAACUCAAGAAUGAGGUGCAGAUUCUGCAGGAAAUCCAUUACCCCGGAGUCGUUAAUCUGGAGAAUAUGUUUGAAACGCCCGAAAGGAUACUCGUAGUGAUGGAGAAGAUGAAGGGCGAUAUGUUGGAGAUGAUACUCGACAGCAAACCGGGCCGACUCUCUGAGCGCGUCACCAAAUUUCUUAUUUGUCAGAUAUUGCAUGCCUUGAGAUAUCUUCACUCGAGAAACAUAUGUCACUGCGAUCUCAAACCAGAAAAUGUUUUGCUUUCAUCCGACUCUGAUUUCCCUCAAGUUAAAUUAUGUGAUUUUGGAUUUGCGAGACUUAUCGGCGAGAAGUCUUUCCGUCGAAGUGUUGUCGGAACGCCCGCCUAUUUAGCACCUGAAGAGAUGAUACUCGACAGCAAACCGGGCCGACUCUCUGAGCGCGUCACCAAAUUUCUUAUUUGUCAGAUAUUGCAUGCCUUGAGAUAUCUUCACUCGAGAAGCAUAUGUCACUGCGAUCUCAAACCAGAAAAUGUUUUGCUUUCAUCCGACUCUGAUUUCCCUCAAGUUAAAUUAUGUGAUUUUGGAUUUGCGAGACUUAUCGGCGAGAAAUCUUUCCGUCGAAGUGUUGUCGGAACGCCCGCCUAUUUAGCACCUGAAGUAUUGCGUAAUAAAGGAUACAACAGAUCUUUAGACAUGUGGUCCGUCGGUGUAAUUAUUUACGUGAGUCUUAGCGGAACCUUUCCGUUCAACGAAGAAGAGGACAUAUCGGAUCAGAUAACGAACGCUGCCUUCAUGUUCCCUCCCGAUCCCUGGAAUCAGAUAUCUCCCGACGCUGUCAAUCUCAUCAGUAAUUUAUUACAAGUGAAGAUACGAAAGAGAUAUACAGUCGAGAAGUCUUUAUUCCACACAUGGCUUCAAGACUAUGAAGUUUGGUGUGACUUAAGGGAACUGGAGUCCAACGUAGGCGUGCGUUGGGUGACCCACGAGUCCGAUGACGACCGCUGGAAGAAAUACGCCGACGACCACAACCUCCCGCCCCCUAAAAUAGACACAAUUGUCACGAAUGACGUGACUAUGGAUGAGAACAACGAAAAUAGCAAUUCUAAUACAACCAGUUAUCACAAUCAUAAUCAUCACCACAACGGCUCCAGUCAUACCACUGGCAGCACAAGCCCUACAAAG